UGUGCAAGUUUCGUGAUUUUCGCAGGACUUUAAACGCAAUUUAACCGGUGAAAAAUGCUCCGAAAAGUGCCAUUAGUUGUGAUUUUAGGUUCUACUGGAACGGGCAAGACAAAAUUGUCAAUAGAGCUUGCUCAACGUUUCGGCGGCGAGAUAAUAAGUGCGGAUUCGAUGCAGGUUUACCGCGGACUCGAUAUCGCCACAGCGAAAGCAACGAAGGAGGAACAAGCAGCUGCGCCUCAUCAUCUGCUUGACAUCGCGGUGCCGGGUCAGCCAUUCACCGUUGUGAAUUUCCGGGAUGCAGCCUUGCCUGUCAUUGACGAUCUCAUGUCUCGGAACAAAAUCCCUAUCGUUGUUGGCGGCACAAAUUACUACAUCGAAAGUCUUUUGUGGAAGAUUUUGGUGACGAGUAAGCCGGAGUAUGAGAACGUUCGUUGGGACCACGAGUGGCCCGAAUCUGUCGCAAAAAAGCAACGAACGGCAGACAAAACAUCCGCAUCCAAAGAUGGCGAUAGUGACAGUUCUGCUGACUAUUCAAACAGUGACAACGAAGUUAAACAAGAACGAAAAAAUGACGCAGCAACAGCAGCGGCAAAAAGUGGCGAAGAACAAGUGACAGCAGAAGAAAAACAUGUUGAAUUGAGUGAUUUAUUGAAGAUGAAUGCGGUAGAAAUGGCAAAAUAUGAAUCGCGUGAACUACAUAGGCACUUGGCAGUUGUGGAUGCAGUAACGGCAAAUCGUUUGCAUCCGAAUAACAAGCGGAAGAUCAUCAGGGCACUCGAGGUAUUUGCGCAGGCUGGCAAGACACUAAGUGCCAUCUUUGACGAGCAGCGGAAUGAAGAGGGAGGCAGUAAUUUGGGAGGUCCCUUGAGAUAUCCGCAUGUCAUUAUGUUCUGGCUGAGAUGUGAUCAGGAAGUACUGAACGCACGUUUGGACAAACGUGUCGACGGCAUGGUUGAAAUGGGGCUUCUUCCGGAAAUUCGCGCCUUUUAUGAUGAUUUUAUCAAACUUUACGCCUGCACGGACUAUACCAAAGGCAUCCUGCAAACAAUUGGGUUUAAAGAAUUCAUACCUUACCUCGAAAAGUACUCCAAAGACGAAGACGAUCGUUUACUUCAAUAUUUCUCCAAAGAUCCUUCCGAAAAGUCUUCUGAUCCUCCUGAAUCCUUAUCCCUCUUAAUAUCCUGUCUCGACGAACUGAAACUCGUAACUCGCCGCUACUCCAAACGCCAAAUAAAAUGGGUGAAAAAUCGCCUACUUGGAAACGCGAAACGCAUUGUCCCGCCAAUUUACGAUCUCGACACUUCUGACGUCUCAAAAUGGCGGGAAAAUGUAUUUGCGCGCGCAGAAAAAGUUCUCGACGCCUAUCUGGAAGAAAAGGAAACUGACAUUAAGCCCAUGGAAAAGAUCAGAACCGGGCGUGAAGAUAUGACAGGAGAAAAAAGUCACUAUUGUGCGACAUGCGACAAAAUACUGAUCGGCGACUAUCAAUAUAACCUCCAUAUGAAGAGUAAUCGCCAUAAAAAGAAACUUGCAUCUCUUCGAAAAAAGGAGAAAAAAGCACAAAAUAAAGAAUAAAAAUUUUAAA